AUGGCGUCCAAUCCCGACCCGUUCGACUCCAUCCUCACCCUCGAAGACGACCUCUACACCACCGCCUACGCCCAAGGCGCCGCCGACGGCUCCCGCGCCGGCCGCAUCGAAGGCCGCAUCUUCGGGCUCGAAAAAGGCUUCGACAAGUUUGCCGCCCUGGGCCAACUGCACGGGCGAGCUGUAGUCUGGGGCGCGAGGCUGCCUGCUGCCCCGGUCCUUCCGACCAAUCUAGAGCCCAGCGUGGAGAAGGAGAAGGACAGCGAAGCGCAAGUUUUGAGGGGCCUGGAUGGGAACGAAAGGCACAGGAAGCACAUUCAGAUGCUGCACGGGUUGACGGAUCCUCUGACCUUCAGCACGCUCAACACCGAAGAGGCAGUCGCGGACUUUGACGACCGAUUCAAGCGGGCGGGCGCGAAGGCGAAGAUCAUCGAGCGUAUUGUUGGCGAGACGGCGAGCCCGAAAUCCCCCGAGCGAGACUCUGCAGAGGCUGCUGCGGGCAACAUCCGUGUCAGCGGGCAGAAAACGAAGAAGGGCGACGACAGUAUGGAGGACUUUGUUGGGUCGCGGUUCUUGAGCUGA